GCGUUAACAACAAGGCGCACGCAGUCGCAGCUCGGAAAUUGAAAAUAAAAGCGCGCGACUUUUAAAUCGAAUUUAGUGACUACUUAAAAUAACCGUUAUUUACACUCACACAGGCAGCACAAAGCCUUUUUAAAACAAUUGACAUUGUGUAAAACGAAAUCAAUAAAAUUAAUUAAACUCAAUCUUUAGUGUUUACAAAUCGCGCACGACUUUCACGCGAUUUUCGUCCAGGCAUUUUGUGCGGGCGUUAAUUGACGCUAAGUUGCGAAACAAAGGAAUAAAAAAAAUAAAGAUUGAAAACCAAACAAUUCAUGUCAAUGUUAGACACAGACAAAUUGUCAAAGUCAACAAACCAAUAACAAAAUAUACUUCUUUCAAUAUAUAAUUCAAUUAGCAACAGUUGCGAGAAGAUGACGGACAAUAAGGCAUUUACGCCGGAUACGGCCGUCGCCGAACCGAAUACGGCGCGGUCUUCGAAUGCGAGCUUGAAGACAGAUGCCUUGCCGCCCGCCUAUAACACUGCGGUCGAAAGUCUAAAAGACUUAAACUCCAAAGCCAACUUGACAGAGAAGGAUCAACUGGAGGAGGCCGAGUACUGUCCGUUUGAACAUCGCGAUCCUAAUGGCGCCAGCGCUGGCGGGGCUUUGGCCCAUCUGCUCAAGAGUUCGCUGGGCACUGGCAUCCUGGCCAUGCCCAUGGCUUUUCACAAUGGCGGUUUGUUGUUUGGCGGCAUCAUGACACUCAUCGUCGGCUUUCUCUGCACGCACUGUGUGCAUAUUUUGGUAAAAACUUCACACAACAUUUGUCGCGAUGCGAAAGUUCCGGCUCUGGGCUAUGCAGAGACUGCUAAAACGGUGUUUGAAUAUGGACCCAAAGGGCUAAGACCCUAUUCCAAUUUUGCCAAACAAUUUGUGGAUAUUGGCCUGAUGGCUACCUACUAUGCCGCCGCCUGUGUCUAUAUGGUCUUCAUAGCGACCUCUUUCCAUGAUGUCAUUAACUAUGAUGCGGGUCUCAAAUGGGAUGUGCGCAUUUACAUCGGCUUUACGGUGAUACCCUGCCUAUUGAUAGGUCAGAUUAGGAACCUCAAGUGGCUGGUGCCGUUCUCCCUGAUGGCGAACGUGUUCAUUGUUGUGACCUUUAUCAUAACACUCUACUACAUGUUCGACCAGGAGCUUGACUUUAAGGAUAAGCCACUGAUUGCGCCUGCAGCCCAUAUUCCCCUCUUCUUUGCCACUGUCAUCUUUGCCAUGGAGGGCAUCGGCGUCGUCAUGCCCGUGGAGAACUCGAUGAGAAAGCCACAGCAGUUCCUUGGCUGUCCCGGCGUACUCAAUACGGCCAUGGUUACAGUUGUGGUACUCUAUGCAAUCAUUGGCUUCUUUGGUUAUGUCAGGUUUGGAGACGAAGUGCGAGGCAGCAUUACGCUAAAUCUGCCAGACGGCAGCUGGUUGGGCGACACAGCCAAGUUGCUGAUGGCCGUGGCUAUACUCUUUACCUAUGGUCUCCAGUUCUAUGUGCCCAAUGAGGUUCUCUGGCGUAAGAUCCAUCACAAGUUCCGGCCGGAGAAGCACAACAUUACGCAAAUUCUGCUACGUACUGGCAUCAUCCUGGUCAGCGGAGGUAUUGCAGCAGGUAUACCUAAUCUGGAGCCAUUCAUCAGUCUUGUGGGCGCCGUCUUCUUUUCGCUGCUUGGCAUUUUCGUGCCUAGCUUUGUGGAAACUGUGUAUCUGUGGCCCGAUCGUUUGGGCUUUUGCAAGUGGAAGCUGAUUAAGAAUAUAUUGUUGGGAAUUUUCUCGCUCCUGGCGCUUGUCGCAGGCUCUGCAGCCUCCAUCGAUGAGAUAAUCAAUCCCAAGGAGGAGGUGUAGCAAUUGUUGCCACAACCCUUGACUAGUAUUAAAUAAGAUGCAGGUGCUCCUACUGGCGAGCGAGUGUAUAGUACCAAGUGCAGCAGCCACAUACACAUACACAUACACCUCUAAACACCCUAGACACAACUCCCAAAUGGCCAUGUUGAACAUGGCCAAGCAGCUGCCGCUGGACUGCAUUGAAAAGUUGAUAUUAAUUCUUAAGCCUCAACACCAAUUCUGCACACAUAUGUUUGUCUUAUGUGUGUCUAGUAAGUACCUGCAUCUAACUGUUAUACAUUAUAUAUAUAGUUAUAUAUAUGUGUAUUUGUAUUUAAACUAAUGCCCAAUCCAUAGAAUUUAUAAUCUUAUUAAUUAAGUUAAAACAAAA